CAAUUACCACCCUGGUCUUGAACACAUCUCGCUGCGAUCGACCUCCGAUGAGCCCAACACAGGAACGCGCCAAUGGCUCGACUGAUGAGCUUGGAGGACGAUGCCGACUCGGAAGAUGUACCUCCCAAUCUCCAGGUCCAUGAUGCCAUACUCACAACUGUGGAUGCCAAUAGGCCGAACCUGAACCUGAACCUGUUCACGGCUGCGCUGUCAUGCUACCCCGUGGUCUCGAAUCUGACGAAAUACCUGGACCUCAACACAUUGUCCGAGCUGGCUCGAACGUGUCGUCAAGCUCGUGAGGACCUGCUUCAGCACCGGUCGAUCCUCAUAUCACAGACCCUCCGCUGCAGUAACCAGAAUGUAACUCCGGGGAAACGUCUGGCAGAUGCUUUGAAUGCGAGUCGUGAUGCCUGGAAUUCGCACGGAAGAACCGAUGUGACGAUUGGGCGUAUCAGCAGUGGCAAAGUAGGCGCCUGCGCUACCGACAUGGUGGGAGAUUGCCGGAAAUGCGGCGUGGUUAUUUGCAGAAAUUGCGUUUUGAAGGCACCUCCGCUGUCACUUCUCAAACUCCGCCACCGACGGCUCUGUCGGACAUGUAUGAAGGCGCCGUUGGAGAAGUUGACCACCGUCAAGCGUCUUCUCUCGCUUCCAAGACUUACCAGCAUCAGUGACGACGAAGUCGAGUACCGAUCCUAUGCUCGACCACCCUGUACCUGCCACGAAGCCGUCUGGAUCUGUCAACCGUGCAGUCAGACCAUGCGAGUCGACGAUACGACCUAUAUGCGCGGCUGGACCUGGCGCACUCGGUACUCCACCUGCGGAGGUAUGGGUGCUGGACUAGGUGAAGGCAACGAAGGCGUCCAAUGUGGUCGUACCCGAGACUGCCUAGCCUCGACGCUCGUGCAAAAGGACGUCGAGUGCGAUGCGGCAGAGCUCGCAGCGCUUCAAGCUGAGACAGCCAAAGCCGAGAUCCAGGGACGACACUGGAAUGGCGGCAGCUACUCCACGCAGGAGAUGGUCGGGAUCGGUGGCAAGAUCAAGACUAAAGUCAAGAAGCUUGUGCCAGUCGGAGCGAUUGUAAAGGAGUACGAGGACGAGCGAGUGAGCGAGAAGUUCCUUGGCCGAGAGCAAAGCGGCGCGAAUCGCAGCUUUUGCUCUUGGUGUGAUCGAGUUGUUGCAGGCAAUAAAGAUUCGGAUGAAGCGAGGGCAACAAAGUCCACUGAUAGUAUUGCAUCCUCGGGCUCGGUGGUCUCGGCUUGA